AUGGCCGACGAAAUGGGAUUAGGUAAGACAUUGCAAUGUUUAACAUUGAUGUGGACCUUACUUAAGCAAAGCCCUAGGGGUAGGCGAACUAUUGAUAAAUGUAUUAUUGUCUGUCCGUCGUCACUCGUGAGAAACUGGGCAAAUGAAAUCGUGAAGUGGCUCGGCGAAGGUCUGCUAACUCCACUCGCCGUGGAUGGUAAAUCAGUGAAGUCUUCCGAUCUUAACCAAGCCUUACAACAAUGGGCUACUGCUUCGGGUCGCAAUAUCGUUCGUCCCGUCUUGAUAAUAUCGUACGAGACAUUGAGACGAAAUGUCGAGAAACUCGCUGGCACUGAAGUUGGAUUGGUUUUAGCGGAUGAAGGGCAUAGACUCAAAAACGGCGACUCCCUCACUUUCAACGCUUUGAAUUCUUUAAGAUGUGAGCGGAGGGUAAUUUUAAGCGGGACCCCUAUUCAGAAUGAUCUUUCUGAAUAUUUUUCGUUGCUUAAUUUCGCUAAUCCUGGUCUUUUGGGUAGCCGAAAUGACUUCAGGAAGAACUUCGAGAAUGCGAUAUUGAGAGGGCGUGAUGCAGACGCCACUGAUUCCGAAAGGGAAAAGGGGGACUCUAAAUUAACUGAACUCUCGCAAAUAGUCUCGAAGUUCAUUAUCAGGAGAACAAAUGACAUUCUCUCAAAAUAUUUGCCGGUGAAGUACGAGUACGUGGUCUUUAUUGGUCUCACUCCCCUACAAAGACUUCUUUACCGACACUUCACCAACUCAGAAGACAAUCGAGCGCUUAUCGGCUCACAACCGCUCAAGGCCAUCGAUUUGUUGAAGAAGUUAUGUACCCACCCCGACCUUCUUCGUUUACCUGGUGAUAUAAAAGGUUGUCGCUCGAUUCUCCCUGACGACUUCAACAGUCCGGACAGUGGCCGGAGCAAGGAAGUUCGAGUAUCGUUAAGUGCGAAGUUUUCUGUUCUUGAAAGAUUUAUCACUAACUUGAGACAUGAAUCAGACGACAAAAUCGUGAUUAUUUCGAACUACACGAAAACAUUGGAUCUCAUUGAAAAAUUGUGUUCGCAAAGGAGAUUUGGAUGCCUCCGGCUCGAUGGAACGAUGAACAUCAAUAAGAGACAGAAGAUUGUCGAUAGAUUUAAUGACCCCAAUGCGCCAGAAUUCAUUUUCUUACUUUCGUCCAAAGCUGGUGGCUGCGGAAUUAACCUUAUAGGCGCUAACAGAUUGAUACUCAUGGAUCCUGACUGGAACCCGGCGGCUGAUCAGCAAGCUCUUGCUAGGGUGUGGAGGGAUGGUCAGAAGAAGGAUUGUUUUAUCUACAGAUUCAUAAGUACUGGUACUAUUGAAGAAAAGAUUUUCCAGCGUCAAUCGAUGAAACAGUCGCUCUCCUCCUGUGUCGUCGAUAACAUGGAGGAUGUGGAGAGGAUCUUUAGUGGCGAAAACUUAAGGCUCCUUUUCAAAUAUAUGACUGAUACCGAUUGCGAGACCCAUGAAAGCUACAAGUGUAGCCGAUGUGCGAAGGGCGGCGGCCAGGUGGAGAAAGCCCCUCUUAUGUUAUACGGCGACGCAACAACAUGGAAUCAUCUUAACCAUGAUGCAUUGGUAGACAAUGAGGAUCGUCUUCUCAAGAAUGAAAGUGUUUUUGAGGAUGUCUCAUUCGCCUUCCAAUAUGUCUCACAUUAG